AUGGGGUCAGGAUGGGAGCUAGAAAACUCGGAUGCGACCACGGUCGACUCCGAUGAUGACGAUCUCGACGUUGCGCGUCCGUCCAAUUCACGGCCCCUCGCCAGAAGCACCAGUCGUACGUCAGUGUCAGAAAAGAAAUUGCCACCUCCGAAGACCGAAACAUCGACGCCGAUCAAACAACCGUCCUCUCCUCUCGAUAAGAAGACGCCGAUGGUGGACUUGGUUGCACAAAGCGACAGUGACGAUGCGUCCUUUAACGAUGGAGAGGCCGCCUACCAAGAGUUCAAGAACCGCAAAGCGCAGAAACGAAAACGGAACUCUGCUGGUGCACGCAAAGCCAAGACUCCCCAGAUGACUCGUCCGGAUUCCUUCGUCGGUAGGCGUCCUAGAAAGGAUACAAAGAUCUACCAGCCACGACGCCCCUGGAGGGAAUACGAUGAAGAGGUGCCUUCCGAGGAUGAGCUGAUGGAAUACACUCUUCCGGAUUAUUUGCAGAAACGCAGAGCCAGGUUCGACCGCAGGAUGGACCAUCUCAAGCAAUCAGGAUUGAAGUUGCCACCGGGUUUUGACCAGGUAGACUUCUCCGACGAUGAACGGCUGGAGUUCUUGAAAGAACGACCUGCCUUUAAGAACUUGAAGCCAUGCAGUCCCUACAAAGAUAUCACGCUUCCCUACUCGCUAGGCCUGAUACCUGCUCCCAUUGCGCAGUGGCUGCGCCAGUACCAGGUCGACGGCGCUGCGUUUCUGCAUGAACUUUUUGUUUACCAAAAGGGUGGAAUCCUGGGUGACGAUAUGGGGCUGGGAAAGACAGUACAGGUGAUCGCUUUCCUCACCGCUGCAUAUGGAAAAACGGGCGACGAACGGGAUGCAAAGCGGAUGCGGAAGAUCAGACGGAACGGCCAGGACCAGUGGUAUCCACGAACGCUGAUCGUGUGUCCUGGCACAUUGAUCCAGAACUGGAUGUCAGAAUUUGUUCGGUGGGGCUGGUGGCAUGUCGAUACGUACCAUGGAGAAAAUAAGGAGCUGGCGCUGCAGGCCGCAAGGUCCGGGCGAGUCGAGGUUCUCAUCACGACGUAUGGCACGUACCUUCACAACAAGGACGCCGUGAAUAUGGUCGACUGGGACUGUGUGAUUGCGGAUGAGUGCCACACUAUCAAGGAGCGACACUCAGAGACCACGAAAGCGAUGAACGUCGUCAAUGCGCUUUGUCGGAUUGGCUUGACCGGCACGGCGAUUCAGAAUAAAUACGAGGAGCUUUGGACUCUACUGAACUGGACCAACCCUGGCAGGUUAGGCCCGGUGACUGCCUGGAAGCGUACAGUCUCCGAGCCUCUGCGGAUCGGCCAGUCGCAUGACGCCACUCUGUACCAGCUCAGCAAGGCUCGCAAGACAGCCAAGAAACUGGUGGAGAACUUGCUUCCUCAGUUCUUCCUCCGGCGCAUGAAGACCUUGAUUGCUGACCAGCUUCCCAAGAAGAUCGAUCGCGUUGUCUUCUGCCCGCUGACCGAGACCCAGGCGGACGCCUACGAGAACAUCCUAAACAGCGACAUGAUCGCCUAUAUCAAAUCUGCCUACGAUCUGUGCCACUGCAAAUCGGGCAAGAAAGCGGGCUGGUGCUGUCAGCAGAAUCUGCCCUCCGGAGGCCGCUGGCAAAGCUAUGUGUUUCCCGCCAUCGCCGUCCUGCAGAAACUAAGCAACCACCUGGCGAUUCUGAUCCCACAGGGGGUGGAUUCCCACGAGAAGCAAGAGAAGGAUAAGGACAUGCUGGAAAUUGCCGUCCCAGACCAAUGGGAGCAGCUCUACCGCACGAGGGAUUCUAUCGUCAACUAUGCCAACCCGGAAUUCUGCGGCAAGUGGAAGGUCCUCCGACGUCUGCUCAAAUGGUGGCACGCCAAUGGCGACAAAGUCCUGGUCUUCUCCCACAGCGUGCGGCUGCUGAAGAUGUUGCAGAUGCUAUUCCACUAUACGAGUUACAACGUGAGCUACCUAGAUGGGUCCAUGAGCUAUGAGGAGCGCGCGAAAUCCGUGGAUGAGUUCAACUCGGACCCUCGUCAGUUUGUGUUUCUGAUCUCCACGCGAUCUGGCGGUGUCGGGCUGAACAUCACGUCCGCUAAUAAAGUCGUCGUCGUCGAUCCCAACUGGAACCCUUCACAUGAUCUCCAGGCGCAAGACCGGGCGUAUCGCAUUGGCCAAUCGCGAGAUGUGGAAGUAUUCCGACUGAUCUCCGCCGGGACUAUUGAAGAGAUUGUCUACGCGCGACAGAUAUACAAACAGCAGCAGGCCAACAUCGGGUACAACGCCAGCUCUGAGCGACGGUAUUUUAAGGGAGUGCAGGAGAAAAGGGACCAAAAGGGGGAAAUCUUCGGCUUGAACAAUCUCUUCGAAUUCCAAAACAACAACAUCGUCCUCCGAGACAUUGUCAACAAAACCAACGUUGCCGAAAGCCGAGCCGGCGUCCAAGUCAUGGACAUCGACAUAGACGAAGUCGACAUUCCGGAAGACUGUUCAGAGACCAAAAUCAAAACCCAAGAGGACGAAGUUAUGAGCCAACUCGCGGCCAUGAUCCGCGGCGAGGCAGAGGCCGAAAAUGACGCCCCCAAACAAUCCUCCACCACGGCAGUAUCCAAAAAACACGACCCAAUCCAGGCGAUCCUCGCCGGCGCCGGCGUAGAAUACACACACCUCAAUAACGAAGUCAUCGGAUCAUCCAAAGUCGAAGAACAACUCAGUCGACGAGCCCAGAUGGCCGGCGAGAGCCUGGGAGAUUGCCAUGUUUUUGCACACUCAUCCCAGGAUGGACUCCGCGAGGGCGGAGCUGAAUCGGAACCCUCCCUGUGUGGCAGAGAUGGCCAGGUCAUUCGCUUCAAACAUCGUCCGCCGCUGGACGUCAUGAAACGUCAGUUCUGCAGCAUGGCGCGGCGGUUUGGGUUUCCCGAUGCUACGGAGUUUGCUCUCGCGGUGGAGGGUAUGACGCAGGCUCAGAGACGUGAUUGUCUUGAGAGAUGGUAUCGUGAACGACGGGAGUGUCUAUUAGGGGAUUAA